GGGUAAUGUAGUUCAUCUCCAUAGCAAAACGUGUGGAUUAUGUAGCGCUAGGUUUACCUUCGCUAAGGAAAUCAUAUUACGCUUUUCGCCCGAAUAUUGCGUGUUAAAAUUGGAUAUAGCAAACAUAACGCGCUUAUUCAAUUCGUUGCGAUGGACGACAGAUUCCUGCAAUGGAAGAAACAGUGUAUGUCUAAAAUCGACUUGAGCAAGAAGGGCAGUGUCGAUGAAGACAUUUCGGACGUCGUUGCGUUUAUUAACGAUUCUGAGAAUUAUUUCACGACAAGCUCCUGUUCCGGACGAAUAACACUCAUAGAUGGGGUCUCGGAGGUGCAGAAGAAAGACUGCAACUGGCUCUUCGUGACGCACCAGAAGUGCCAAAGCGCCGAUGUGGUUAGUCCAUAUUUUACUCUUUCACCAUACAACGGCCGUGCAGUUGGUGAUGCAGCGCUGUCAUUCCUGCAGGUCGCGAGCCUGGCGAGGGCUGGAGGGGACGCGUCCUUCCGGUUCGAGCCCUUCGUGCUGCACGUGCAGUGCCGGAGGCUGGAGGACGCCCAACUCCUGCACUCUGUGGCAGUAAAUUCUGGCUUCAGAAACUCAGGGAUGACUGUUGGCAAAAAGGGUAAAAUCAUUACGGCUGUAAGGAGCACGCACUGUCUGGAAGUUCCUCUCACGCAUGAAGGCCAGCAGCUGGUCAGUGGGGAUUACGUCAGCUUUCUGGUGGAAGUGGCCAAUCAGAAAAUGGAGGAAAACUUCAGACGAAUGAGAAGAUUCUACGACUGCUUACAGUCGGCGAUGUGUGCAGAGCAAUGUCACAGCCCGAAGGUGACAGAUGCGAAGGCGGAAAAGUCUGUGUACAAGCGAAGAAGGAGACAGGCUCAAGAGCCGGAGGACGUAUGUGACAGUCACAAAGACGACACGUCAUCGGAGGAGGACGGUGCUCUGGAAAGCGGACUCCACCUGCUGCUGUAACUUUUAACCAGGAUUUGUCACAUGCAGUCUGAGAAUGAUUGAAUUUGCUGCACACUUACUGAAACGUGUGCAGGUUAACCCAGACUAACCAGUCACCUAAAGAUUACCCAGGUCAAGGCAGGACUCUGUAUGAGUGAAUGAUCAAAUACUCUAUGUCCAUUUGAACAAAAGUGAUAAUUUUCAAAAGUAAGUAAAGAGAAAGCAUAGCAGUUUAGCUGCCUGUCGAGAGAGGAUGGGAGGCUAAAGCAGGAAUGUCCUUGAGUGCACCGUAAGCCUGGCUCCCGGACUGCAAGUUUAAACAGCUGACACUUCAUUCCUCCGUUUUGCCCAGCAGAUGCUCAUCACUGCCUGCAGUUUGUCUGCAUUGGGCGGUGAAAGUGUAAGCAAAGCGAAAGCAGCCUGUCUCCGCCAAUCAUCCGCCUCUUUGCUUUUGUGUUUCAGUAAAUCCGCUUCAGUUUACGCACGAGUGUGGCAUGGGUCUCGCGGGGGUGCGCGG